AUGCAGGGCUUCAACAUGGGACGCUACGUCCCGCCGGACCUCGAAGGCACCACAUCAGGCAACAAGCUCAACAAGAAGCAUCCCCUCGGCAACCGCGCCUCCAAGCUGGCGUCGCACGGCAUCCUGACCGUGCGCUUCGAGAUGCCCUUCCCCGUCUGGUGCGCGCACUGCCCCAAGCCCACAAUCAUCGGCCAGGGCGUGCGCUUCAACGCCGAGAAGAAGCGCGCGGGCAACUACUACACGACGCCGAUAUGGAGCUUCCGGUUCCGCCAUACCGAGUGCGGCGGGUGGAUUGAGAUGCGCACCGAUCCGAAGAACACGGCGUAUGUUGUUGUUGAGGGGGGCACGAAGCGGGAUACUGGUGGUGGUGAUGGUCAUGAUGCGGAUGGGCCUAUCUUGACGGAUCGCGAGAGAGAGGAGUUGCGCAAGAAUGCGUUUGCGAGCUUGGAGAAGACGAUUGCGGAUCGGAAGCAGCUUGAGAUGGCGGCAGAGCGGCUCGACGACUUGGAGGAUCUGUCACGACGGCACUGGGACGAUCCGUAUGCGCAGAAUCAGAGGCUGAGAAAGGCAUUUCGCGUCGGUCGCAAGGAGAGGGAGAAGUUGGCCGCCGCGACGGAGGAUCUUAAAGACAGGAUGGGGUUGGGGAUAGACUUGCUGCCGGAGAGGGAGGAAGAUGCGCAGAGAGCUGCGCUGGUGGACUUUGGGUCCCGGCCGGAUGAUGGGGGCGAGGAGGACAAGGCGCUCUCUAAGCCUCUAUUUGCAUCGACGACGAAGACGACGGCUUCUUCACGGGCCAAGACACAGAAACCAUCAUUGACUACGAGAGAUACCAGACUCAAGGCUGAAAAGGAAGCGUCGAGGAGAAAAGAGUCGUUUGUCGCAGACGUCAUCUCCAACACGCGAGCGGCGCAAGAUCCGUUCCUUAUGCAGUCCAACAACGACAAGCCGGCAAACAGCAGGCCAUCCCUCGGCAUCGUCAAGAAGAGGAAGCGGAUAGACGGAGAGUUGGACGACAGACCCGAAACUAAAGCUGCGAUGCCGGCCGUGGGACUGGUGCAGUAUGAUUCCGAUUGA